AUUUUGAUCGUGAGGUUGUUAAUUUACAGCGUUCACCAAAAACCUUAUCAAUCAACCAAAAAUAAGAAAAGAACGUAAGGGCAUACCAGAUAAUAUAAGAACAUCAGCGUGGAUUACCAAGUAUCGGGGGUAUGAAGCGAGAGCGACAGAAUGUUACAUCACGGAAACCGCCCGAAUUAUUCCCCUCUCGACAAUAAAAUUAGCGAAUUACUAGCCAAAUGUUUGGCAUGGGAUAAGUCAGAUAGAAUGAGCUUGCAAGAUACGUUGAAAAUAGGCGAAAAUGCGGUAACGGACAAGAACAGCCGUAGUAUACCCCGUCAAUUCGAGCGAAACUGAUGAAGCAGUGAGAGAAUUAGUACAGCAAUUUAUGUACGAUGCAGACACAAAAAACUAGAGAGGUUGAUAUAAUACAUGAG